UGUGAUAGUUCACAUAAAAACAACAGCAGGUGUUUCCUCCAAAUGCCGGAUAUGAUAAAAAUUAUGUGAUCAGGUGGAAAAUAAUAAAAAAAUAAAUAAAUUACAAAGCCCAGAAUGACUCCCAGAAUUAAUACAAUGCAUGUAUUUAUGAUUUGAUGGCUGUGGGAUCAAAAAUGGGUCAUGGGUUUCUGUGUAAAUGUGGCCCCAAUUGAAUUUAUUUAGUAGAUUCUAAAUUUCUUGUUUGGUGAUUAUCUCUGGUCACUCUUGAGGUGCAAUUAAUCAAAUGUCCACCCAUCACUGUUCAUCUCAUAAAGAGACUGACCUGUAAAAAUGGAUUUGUACUCUUUAUACUGAAGUGUACGUGAUAAAUCAUCCAGUUUGAGGUAAAUAGUUCUUGCUUUUUUUUUCUGUGGUGCAUUUUUUCCACUUAACAGUACGAAUGGAACAAGUUUGUUUACACAGUGUAUUUAGAAAUAUUGCAGGAAAAAAAUAAUGGAAAGCGCCAAAGGGUUAAUUGACCUCAGGGUACAAAUCAGCUGUAAAUAUAUUUUAUUGCAUGACGAUUAAAACCACGACACUCGGAACCUUUGUCGUACAUCUUGUUUCCGCCCGGAGUCGUACGAAGUAGGAACUAAAAGCGUGCUGUGUGUACAUUAGAAAUUGCCAUGCUUAAGUGUCGGAUAAUGAUCAUUUAGAAAAAAAAUUACGAAAGGCGAUCAUAAAACGAGUCAAUGUGACCGGAAGAACAACGUAAGGGACAUUUUAACGGUGCGUCGCAAACGUAAACGGUUAUUCGACCAAAAGAAAACAACUUUUCAUCCCCGUGACUUCGCCUCUCAGCCACCAUGAAGAUCAAACGACAGAAACAAGCCAAGAAAACCUUAAGUUUCUACAAAUACAACUUCAGCUUCAGAGAGCCGUUUCAGAUCCUCAUCGACGGGACUUUCUGUCAGGCGGCUCUGAAAAACAAGAUCCAGAUCAAAGAGCAGAUGCCCAAAUACCUGAUGGGAGAGGUGCAGCUCUGCACCACCAGCUGUGCCCUGAAGGAGCUGGAGACGUUGGGCAAAGAGCUGUACGGAGCUAAAAUCAUCCUGCAGAGGUUUCAGGUGAGGAGGUGUCCACAUUUCAAGGAGCCUGUCCCCGCUUCAGAGUGUCUGCUGUCCAUGCUGGGGGACACGAACCCACACCACUACUUUGUUGCCACACAGGACCACACGGUGACCACAGGCCUGAAGAAGAUCCCGGGCGUCCCUCUGCUCUACAUCAUCCUCAACACCAUCGUGCUGGACAAGCCCUGCCAGACGUCCCUCGACCACGUCCAGGCCGUCCAGCUGGGCGAGCUGGUCAGCCCGGCUCAGCAGCAGAGCAUCCGCAGCCUGAAGGAGGAGCAGGGCAUCGGCAAGGACGGAGAGAGGCGGGGCAAGAAGAGGAAGAGGAAACAGAGCAAUCCUAACCCUCUGAGCUGCCUGAAGAAGAAGAAGAAAGCGGGGCCGACACCACCGAAGAAGACGGCGGAGCAGGGGGAGAAGAGGAAAAGAAGUAGACACAAGAAACGAAGGACGGAGGGAGGAGACAUGUCUGCUCCUGUGGUCACAAAUACAUAGUCCAGCAGGAAGACAGAGACUUCUACUACUUUGGUACAUUUUUCCGACAUUACAGCAUCGAAUAAGUCAAUGUUUAUCACACAAAUUACAUUUUAAAAUACUGCUCAUUGUGUUUGUUUUAUUUUGAAAAAUGUUGCAACAGUUUUCAUGACUCAGGACUAACAGGCAUAAGACUGAAACUGCUCAGAAACAGCAAUAUUUUUUAGCUCGAGAAGAUUUGUCUUGGCUUUUAUAUAAAAUAAAAAAAGCAGGUUUACAGGCACAUAGUUCAGAAUAUAAGAUGCACUCAGACGUUACAUAAUAUACAGUUUAAAUGGAAGAAGAUAUCAAAAACGAUGCAUCCGGCGGUCUUUGCAGAAGCACAAGGAGUGUGGUCACAAUGAUUCGGUGGUCUGUUUUUACUGUAUGCUGACAUUUUCGAUGUCCUCUAAGUUCAAACUGUAGUAUUUUCUCCUACAAUGAGUUUAGAGUCCAAACAGCGUUCAUAACAAAUACGUCCAUUCAGACUUCAUUUGAUCGUGUUAUCAAGUCAUUCUUUAAAUAAAAAAAAACAGGCUUUAAAAUAAAAAAAAGUGAAUUCUUCUGAUACAUAUAACAUCAACAAAUGAAUAUUGAACAGAGUAUCUACUUGAUUUUCACCGUCAUACAUUACUGUAACUCAUUACUUGUAACUAAAUGAUUAUCCAUAUAUUAGAGAGACACUGGAUACGCUGAGUUUGUGUCACAAACUUCAAAUCUUUUGAGAAUAAAAGAGUAAUACGGCAAUCAAAAUGAUUUCUGGAGAAAUUCAACUCUAGUGAAAUAUUUAAGGACAGAGCAUGCAAGUAUGGUGGACCACUGAUGUUUACACGAUUUAUAGGUUGAAACUGAAGCUUUUUUUAAAUAGAAGCUGUGUCCCAAUUCCAUAGUACAUACUACUUAUAUACUGUAUGUGCUAUAUACUAUUUUUAUAGUAUAAUUUUGCAGUGUAUGUACGAGAAAUCACCGUAACAGUGAUACAGAAAGUCCGGUGUUGGGCAUUAAAUUGCAGCCUUUUAAUGCUACUGUAGACUUAAGAUAGCAAAAUGUUUGUGUAGAAAUGUGAGGUGUUUGUUUUUUUGAGUGUUUGUGGAGAACUUAGAACUGCAGUGAUUAAUCGAUUAGCUGUCGACUGGUACUUGAUGAAUGAUGAAUCCGUUUUAGUAAAUCUUCUAUGAAAAAAUGCAAAAUUCAGAUUACACAUACUUCAAUGCGAAUAUUUUCUGGUGUCUUUACUCAUCUGUGACCAAAAACUGAAUAUCUUUGAGUUUUGGACAAAAAAGACAUUUGAGGACAUCAAGGACAUUUUUAACACUUGAUCGAUUAAUCGUGAAAAUAAUCGACAGAUUAUUUAAAAAUGAAAAAAGUCAUUAGUUGCAGCCCGAAUGAGCAUCUCCUGUAUUCUCUUUGUGCGUUACGUUGUAGAAGAACAGUGUGCAAUGGCAGCAAAAAUGCAUUGAAUUCGUGAGUAUUAUAGAUUUGGGACACAGCUAGUUUUGUGCAAACAGUUGAUGCAAACAACGCAUUUGCAAAAACGUCAGCUUGGUAGUUUGUCAUGUUUAAAGUGCUACACUACAGUUGUAUAAUCAUGAUUUGCUGGUUACGUCUGUAAAUCACUACUGUAGUAACUGUUAAAAUGUACUCUGGAUAUCGUGCAUGCUCCUUUUGGCUAGUGUCAGUGUACAUGAGAACUCUUUUCCCGCAGUGGUGGGACGGACGAGUUUCCGAGUGACAUGAGUCAUCACUCCCACUGUAAACAAACUCCUUUCACCACAAGAGCUUCACGAGGGAAGAACGGCUCAUGAGUGUUAGUGACAUCAGCUGUUAUAGAGGAUAACCUUCUACAUAAUGUGACAUAAAAGCAAAUUUAUUUUUCUGUAGCUGUCACCUUAGCUCCAAUAUGUGGCCAUGUGACGUUUAGUUUAGACGUUUUUCCAUUUUCUAACGCGUUACGUCUCUCUGUCUUCAUGUAUGGCAGCUAGCUGGAAUUAAGUUUGAAUAGUUUGAUCUGUUUGAAUAAGAAAAAAAUAAUAAUGAUGUGAAUGUCACGAAUGCCAGAAUUUCUGAUAUUCUCCUAUUACUGCAUUUCUUAUUUGGAGAAAAAAAAAAUGUUCUAUUUACAUUUUCAUGGAUAUUUUGUCUAUGAAAAUGUGCGGGAACCCUCAUUAUUUGUCGUUGCGUUCAUCCUUACUUUAAGGCGGCUGUGGCUCACGAGGUAGAGCCGAGCCGGCGGAGAGUGCGCUGGACUUUGAAGUCAAUUUGUUGUGGCCAAACAGUGUAACUAUAACCUCCGGGUCCGUCACGUGAUGCUGUUGGUCUCAAAAAGACUUUCCCCUAAAGACUUACAUUGGGAAAGAUGUCUGUAAAUCAGUGGAUACAUUUAUUUUAGCGUCUCGACCGAAUGUGCCAUCAAAGUGUGUGUGUGUGUGUGUGUGUGUGUGUGUGUGUGUGUGUGUGUGUGUGAAUGUUUCAGUGAUUAGCAGGUGGCGCCCUGUGCGGUAGCCUCGGCCACUGAUGUGUGAAUAUGUGUGUGAAGUCACACUUGUAAAAAGCGCUUUUGGGAUCGGAAGACUAGAGAGGCGUAUGAAAAUGUCUAUCUACCAGUCCAUGUGGACUUUGUUAAGGAAGAAACCUCGUUACAAUCUAACCAUGUUGCUCGGACGUCUUUCCUCCCACCACUGCUUAACAUUAAAAUAUUGCAGACAGAAGAUAAAACUCCACAUCAUACACAAAACAAAGUCAACAAACUCAAAUAAAUAAACAAAACUUAAAGGUGGAGUCUGCGAAUCUGUUGGAAGAUUGUUGGUAUUUGAACUCAACACCUAAACAAAUACACCGAGCUGUCAGUGCUCCUAAUGCUGUAGCUCCGUGCCUCAUGUGCGAGGACGUGGAGGAGGGAGAUUAGCCUGCAUAGUGUUGUGUUUUCAGUCUUUAUUUCCCAUAUACAGAGCAAGAGCUGCGUACGAAACCUGCAUUUUUUUAGCGCACACAGAACGAACAGCUAGAUU